AUGGAUGAUAUCGACGCUAAUACCACGGCAAACUUUUCCUCCUGUGCGGUUGCCGACGUCCACGUAGUGGUGCUUAAUAUCUUGUGCGGGAUCCCCUUCGUGAUCGGGAUCCCCAGCAACUCACUGGUUAUCCUGGCUGUGAUAUUGUCGAAAAAGCUUCGCACUACCACCAACGUUUUUGUGGUAAACCUGAGCAUCGCUGACUUGCUGACUUGUCUAACGAUACCGGCUUUCGUCGUUUGUGUCGAUCUCGAAUUCUGCAUGUGGGACAAGCUCUUGUAUGCACUCGAUGGAGCACUUUGCUUGGGAAGCGUUUUCGUGAUAUCCACAAGCCUCGGUUGUAGCCUCUUCUCGCUUUUCAGCAUCGCCCUGAAUCGCUUGCUGCUGAUCACGCGUCCACUAACCACCUAUCGGAAGAUCUACACUCCGAAAAAGAUUGCAGUCUGGCUGGUACUCACCUGGUUCAUGUGCUUGGGUUCUCUUUGUAUUGCCGUGCUGCCUGUGCAGAAAGGCUCUACUACUGGAGAACAAGGGGUUGCGAUUGUGAUCAUUCCCGUUCAUCUGAUUGCAAUAGGCGUCUGCUAUGUGCUCCUCUGGCGACACAUCAAGCGCCAUACGUGGAUAAUGGCCAGGUCUCGCAAGGUACCAAACGGUACCCCGGCCGGUAGCUCCACAAUGACCGCACUGAGUAAUACCAAGCGCACUCUGUCCCCAUCUCCAAUCGGUGCUAACACUAUCAUGGCUGGACACUCCCAGCUGAGUCGCCAUCAAUCCGAGAUAACAAAGAACAUGUUUUACGUCGUCUGCGCCUCCGUGCUCUGCAUAGGUCCGUACGGCGUAUGCCUAUUCCUUGACGUCGACGGGCAUAGCAUAGUGGCCAAACAGUACGCGUUUGUAAUGUUAUUGUUCAACAGUUGCGUCAAUCCUCUGAUCUAUGCGGCCAAGCAUCGCGACUUCAAGACCGUCUUCGGAUGCAUCGUUCGUCGUCAGUGGGAGGACAUCCCAGAACCCUCAGAUUUCCUGAAAGCUAUGCGACGAAGAAAGUGCUGCGGUCGGAGAAAUCCCUCAGUGUGA